GGUUUGGACCCCUUUCCUUUAUCUCUAACCCGCCAUGCUCCUUUCUUCCCUCCUUCCCGCCGCCUUUUUCCUGUCUGCUUCCGCUGCAUCUCUCACUCACAGGUCAGCAACACAUCACGAACAUCGAAUCCUCCAGCGUCUUCCUUCCAAUGAGUGGUUCCAUCCCAGGGAUCACCCAGUCCACCAUCUUUUCAGACGCGACGCGGAUACAGACGGUAUAACCUAUCCCGAUGUUGGUUCUUCAACUUGGGCGGCGGCGUAUCCUUCUUCUACACCCGACACCUCUCAAUUGCCAGCUACGUGGACUGCUGCAUUGAACACUGCUGUAGGAGCUGGCAAAAUCCCCAACGUUCCUGUGUCCAGUCAACCCGUACCAGACACUAAUCCCGUUUAUCCUGAUGGCUAUGAUCCCACUGGACCCGACGUCUGCUCUGGAACGUACAAGUGUCGGAUCCCUGGAAACGUUUGGGAUGCUCCCGAUGGCUUUAUCGGCACUGGUUUCGACGAUGGCCCUACCUCGGCGAGCCCUGCGCUGCUUGAUUUCCUCGAAGCGAACAACGAAACCGUCACCCACUUCAUGAUUGGCAUUAAUAUCAUCAGUGAGCCUGACUCGUUCACCCGAUCUGUAGAGCUCGGUCACGAUAUUGCUGUGCACACCUGGACACAUCCGUACAUGACCACACUCAGCAACGAGGAUGUCCUCGCACAGCUUGGGUGGACUAUGCAACUCAUUCACAACUCGACCGGCGGACGUCUUCCAAAAUACUGGAGACCACCCUAUGGGGAUACUGACUUGAGGGUUAGCGCGAUCGCAAAGGAGGUCUUUGGCAUGGAGACUAUUCUUUGGAACCAAGACACGGAAGAUUGGAGCUUGACGGAGACAGGAGGUACAACGGCAGCAGCCAUCAAUGCCUCAAUGACUACAUGGCUUACAGGCUCAAAGACCCCUGGUCUCAUUAUACUAGAACAUGAGCUCUCAGAUGAAUCCGUACAGGCGUUCGAAGCAGCGUAUCCUGUUAUGAAGUCUAAUGGCUGGAACCUGCAGUCCGUCGCCCAGCUUGCUGCUGCAGGCCAAAGCGCCUACCAGAACGCUAUUGGUAUCAAUAAUGGCAGUGUCACACCCGCUGACAUUAUCAUCGGAGAAAUAUCCGCGACUUUGUCUGCAACUUCAAGUCCCACAACGACAUUAUCAUCGACUAGCUCAUCCGCCUCAACGAAAACAUCAUCGCAGAGUGCUACACCCAGCCAAAGUACUGCCUCUUCUGCAGAUAAUUCGUCGAACUCUGCGUUUUCAGCAUGGAGCAGACUGAGCGUCGGAAAAUCCGUUGUUUACGGAGCGAUCAUAUCAGCUUGUGUCAUUUUCCUCUGAACGAACAACUUUUGCACUAUUUACUGCCUAUCAUUUACAUCUUCACGACUACAUGUCGCAUCGUUAUCCAUCUCUCUUCAAUUUGUCGGACUUCGCUUGUCUUAUAUCUUUCUGUCGCUGCUAUUCUAGAUUUGUCUGUGCAUCUAUCAAUACCUUGUUUUUUUUGAACGUUCUACCUACAUACUUGACGAUACUAAUAGCUAUUUACUCUGUGCUGUAAUUACUAACGACGAUUUAGGGCCUUACAACGUCGCGCUUACCGCAUUUCUGUCAUUACUUGAUCUCACUCGCCCUCAUUCAGUACUUACAGUGACCGUAGAUUAUGCACGAAGUUUAAAUUUAACUUUUAAGGUUGCGAUUCCUAAAA